AGCUGUUCACUGCACCAAUCAGCUGUGAGGUUACUUGCAGGCCCUGCCCAAACAACACAGGCAGCAGCACGGAUCGGUAGAAAUACAGCGUCGCAUAUAUAGAUUUUAUAAGAGACCGGUUUUGUUAAUCUUUUUAAAGACUUUUUGCUGUGUUUCCAAAAUGAACGAGAUCGGGGCGGGUAACUUUAAACCUCGCUGAGACGGUGCGAUAAAACAACUAGAGCACAGUAACGUCAAGCAGCCACUGUUAGCUACUGUUAGCAGGGUGUCAGAUGCUAGCUGAGUUAGCUAAUUCAUGUGAUAACCCGGCAGCUAGUUGUAAAAAGUUGUUUUAGAGAAGCUUUUUUGGGGAGACUAACGUAAUGCCAAUGAGCUGCUGAACGUUUUUAUGUAUUCGGUGCAAGUGAACAAAGCAACCGAGUCCGAUGUGUUUAUAUCCGUUAGUACCGUUGCGUGGUUGAAAUUCAAGCUAGCAGGCGAACGUUGAGUUAGCUUAGCUGCUACAUAAACGACAACAUUCACCAAACUGGACAAAACAUUGGAUUUAGUUGGGUUUAAAUCGGGCUCGGCGGGUUCGCUGACCCCUCAGAAGAAGAUGAAGAAGAGGAAGGAGCUGAAUGCUUUGAUCGGACUCGGGGACAGUAAGAGAAAGAAGACCAAAAAGGGGUCUGGUCACCGACUUCUCCGAACCGAGCCGCCGGACUCGGAGUCCGACUCGAGCUCGGACGACGACGAGUUCAACAGCCUGAGCAGCGGAGCCAACUUUGGGAAAAGAAGCUACACGCAGUGCUGCAAUGUGUGCUACCCCUUGUUUCUGUUCAUCAUACUAGCUGCCUGUGUCAUGGCCUGUGCUGGACUUAUAUGGAUGCAGAUUGCUCUGAAAGAAGACUUAGACUCACUGAAAGAGAAGCUGCACAGCAUGGAAACCAGCCAGAAGGUUUCAUCAAGUGAAAUACCAAAACUAAGUGAGGACCUGAAAAACAAGGAGAGAAAGCUUGAUGACAUUGAGAACGGGGACAAGGGGUUGAGCAAACUCUGGUCUAACCUCACAGAAAUGAACAGAAAGAUCAGUUUACUGGACUCUGCCAUAAACCAUUUAAAGGCCAACUUAAAAUCAGCUGCUGAUUUAAUCAGCCUUCCUACAACAGUUGAAGAGCUUCAAAAGAGUGUUGCUACAAUUGGCAGCACACUAACAAGUGUCCAGCACGAUGUGAAGACUAUGCAGGCUGCUCUUGAAAAUCAGAAGAAAGAUGAUGACUUGCAGAAGACAGUGGACAUAACAGACCUGAGAAAAGCAGUGGGUGAGGCUAACAAGACAGAGGCGCUGCACCAUACGUGGACUGCUGAGCAGAUCCACGUCCUCCUGUCUACAGUUGCAGAUCUUCGUGAGAGAGUGGUCUCAUUAGAGGACCGGUCAAAACAAAAUAACAAUGACGUAGCAGCUGAGCUGGCAAUCACAAGUGAAACUCCUGCAACUGAGACGGUGAAAGAAGCUACCACAACCAAAGCAACACCUGGAGAUGUGCAGGAGAUAUCCACACCACCGACAGAGCCGCACACAAGCAGACAUCCACGCUUCUUACCUCCAAACCGCUCGAAGAGAAACGCUAAGACAAGAUGCCCAAAGAAGGUGUCCCUGCCUGGUGUCAGUUCUCUGAAAGACUUGGAGGACAUCUUCCAGCAAGUAGGUGUUGGACGUAAUUCACUCGGAUUAAUUUACCAAAACCUGAGGAAAGUAUUUGGAACAUCAACUCCAAAUGCUCGUACCUUGGAGUGUUUUGACAAUGACGGGGACCAGAGGUACUCCCUGAUGGAGCUGAGAGCUGCUGUAGGUUUGUGAGCACAUUAUCACUGACAGCAGUGAACAGUAUUGAAACCCAGCAGGGUCUGGGGGUUUGGAGUUUCUGACCCUCUUCUGUAAUUGCUGCACUUUUGUGAACGAAAUAUUUAUCAUACUGAUUGUGGAAUAGUGGCGCUGGCAUGCCCCCUACUCACUCCCUCUCCCCUUAGUCCAUUUCAACACCACCUCAGCCACAGAACAUUAUCUUAAAUUUUAACGGUAAUCAAUAUUAGUACCUGUAAGCAGAUUAUUCAGAUCUUAUUUUAGCAAAUCUCUUGGUUUAUAUUAAAAAACAUGAAAAAUAAGUGUUGUGAAUUAUUUUGAAUCACUUUUUCCACUCUGUUAACAAACUUGAUGUUUUCCCGUACCAGUUGGUUCUUUUUAACCACUCUGUCACAUCUUGAUGUAACAUUUUUGUGUUUAGUUUCUGUGAAGGCUGUAUUUGUCAGUCUGUUGCAGAUGUUCCCACCCAUCAACACAAACACCUGGUACAACUCACCUGAACCUUAUUUAUAGAUCUCUGGAUAGAAUUUUAUGAAUGUUUGUUUACAAAUGACUACUAGAAACAGACUUUUUGUGAGACUUUGGUUUUGUUUUUAGACAGUUUCCUAACUUAUCUGAAACACAAUUGAGCAUAAGAGUAAAGAUUUUUGUAUGCUCUUUUGUAAGCUGAAUCUAAAGUUUCUGAUUUCUUUUUCAGUUGGGUGUUUUUCUCAUUUAUCUUCAGGUAGCUGCGAUUGGAAUUGUGUUUAGGCCAUCUGUAUGUUUAUCUGUAGUUUUUUUUUUUUUUUUUUUUUUUGCUUGUUUUUGCAGUUUUCAGUUCUACAAGAUUUGAAGGGCUAUGAACACUCUGAAUCACCCUGAAAGAAUUUUGAAGUGGUAAGUCAUAAAACAUAUGUAGCAAUAACAAAAUGACAUAGAUAUUGCUUGAUUAAAAUUGCAGUAGACAGGGGGCACAUCUAGCUCACAAUGUGUAACAGGUAGUAUAAAAAGCACUGACCAUCACUCUUUACUUGAUUCAUAUUAUUCCAUUUUUUAUGGACCUAACAAUGGUGUAUUUACAUAACAAAUUUGUCAUACUCAAACAUUGUACUCUAAAAAUGGUGUAAACGAAUUCUCUGCUAAUUAUCUUAUGAAGGAGGUUGGGUUGGUAAAAUAUGCGGUUUUAACUGUCUUAAUCUCAACAUUGUACAUUUUUAAAACAAUUCUGUUGUGCUUUGCAUGUUGCUUACAAUGUAACAUGAACCAAUUUAUAUAACUUAACAUAGUCGACUACUUGUUUUUGCGGGACUAUGGUUAGAUGAGCUCAAAAUGUAAAGUAGCUUUGGCCAUCAUGACUUAGAUUUUGGGUCCAUGCUGCUCCUGUACAUGAGAGAUUUUAUGAAUGUGUUUUUGUGAGCACCAAUGAAUAAACACAGU